AUGGAAAAAGUCGAGGCACUCCUCGAGUGGGCUACAGAAAAAGGCAUUCAGCAUAAUGGUAUUUUGCCAAAACACUUGCCAGGCCGCGGCGUCGGUGUGAUUGCAAUCCGUGAUGUCAAGCCCGGCGAGGUUGUUCUUCAAGUUCCGACAUCAACUCUGCGCAGCAUUGAUACGGUGCCCAAAAAUGUCCGCGCAAAGCUGCCAAAGGACCUGUCUGUCCAGGGAUUGUUGGCCGCAGAUCUAGCCCUAGAUGACACGGACAAGUACAACGUCUGGAACGCCGUGUGUCCGUCUCUCGCAGACUUUGCCUCGAUGCCUCUACUUUGGCCGGCGUCCCUGCAAUGUCUCCUUCCCGGGGUAGCCAAGAAGCUUUUGUCCAAGCAGCAAGCCAAGCUAGCCAAGGACCGAGCGACGGUCGGCGCCGCGUUUCCCGACCUCGACCAGGACCGGUACACACACGGCUGGCUGCUGGCCAACACGCGCACCUUUUACUACCUCAGCCCGGCGCGCCGGCGGCGGAAGCGAGACGACCACAUGGUCCUGCAGCCCGUGGCCGACCUCUUGAACCACGCCGACGCGGGCUGCGACGUGCACUUUGGCGACGCCGCCUUUACCGUGCGCGCCGACCGCGCCUACGCCGCCGGGGACGAGAUCUUUAUCUGCUACGGUCGCCACGGCGGCGACUUUCUCAUGGUCGAGUACGGUUUCGACAUGGAUGAGAACCGCUGGGACGAGGCCGGCUUGGACGAGAUGGUGCUGUCCGUGCUGGACGAAAAGUCUAGGGAAAUGCUCGACGACCGUGGGUUCCUCGGCGGGUAUGUGCUGGAUCGUGGCCAAGUGUGCUAUCGUACCCAGGCUGCUCUCCGAACCUUGUGCUGUAGCGAGAGGGAGUGGUCGAGGUUUGUCGAUGGGAUGGACGAUGGAGAGCGCAGCCAGAAAAAGGUAGACGAGUUGCUAGUAGAAUUACUUGGAAAGUAUUCUACGAGCAUUAUCGGGACAAUGGAGGAGAUUGACGGCCUGCAAGAAGGCGAGCCGUGCCAGAGAGGUCUCUUGGCCGCGAGAUGGAGACAUAUCCUAAGACUUGUACAGGGCACACUCGACAGACUACGACAAGACCUAGGUUCUUGA